AUGGCUACCAAAACCCACUUGGCGUUUAUUCUGAAUCCCGUCGAGGGGUCUCCUCCAUUGCCUCCGCCGCUGCUACUGCCAUUGCAACAGAAUGGCUACAAUAUGCCUCUUAAGUCACUCCAGUCUGCAGUGGACUGGCAGCAAGAGCAGGUUGUCGUAGGGGCACCGAGAGGCCAGCGCGACCUCGAUCUGGUACCGAGUGCAUCAGACCGUCUUCGGCCCUACAAGAGGCUAUGCACGGUCCAGUCAUUACCGACUGUGUCGUCCCCGACUACUGUGGACAGCUGCACGUCAGCAGCUACGAGUUCCGAGAGCGAGUCCUCGGACGUGGACAGCCCCGAGACAACGACGCGCGCACUAAUGGCACUGAAGAAAAAGCCGCACUUGUGCCACGAAAAAGGCUGCAAGAGUCUCGCCGUGUCCCGACAAAGCUGCGUGCGCCACGGCGGCGGCUCGCGCUGCACUGUCAGCGGCUGCACGAACGGCGCCAAGCUCCGCAACCGCUGUUUCCAGCACGGCGGCUCGACCACCUGCUUGGCGGCUGGCUGCACCAGCAAAGCCAAGCGCUAUGGCUACUGCUGGUCGCACGGCGGCGGUCGCAUUUGCACUGCUGCGGGCUGUAACAAGGUCGCGGCGCAAGGGGGGUCGUGCUGGGCGCAUGGCGGUGGCAAUCGCUGCAAGGUUGAGAGCUGCAGCAAGCGGUCGUACCGGAAGUACGACUACUACUGCGAAGUCCACGCAGCGGUUGGCUGCCAGGCGUAG